UCAUGCGCAUGCGUUGUUGCUUCCAAGCAACCGGACAUUCUAGAAACCCGGAAGUAGCGUGAAGGUCUUUGACGAUGGUUGGAGUUUAGAUAACGUUUCGCAGUUGUGGGACCAGUAUCGAUGUGAAAAUGGGUGUUAAAAUAGAAGUGUUUCGAAUGAUGCUAUAUCUGUCCUUUCCCGUGACCAUGUUCUGGAUCUCAAAUCAGGCAGAGUAUUUUGAAGAGUACAUAGUAAAGAGAAAGAGGGAGAUCUUCCCCCCUGACGAGCAACUGCAUAGGAAAGAGUUGGAGGACUUCAAAGAACGAAUGCGUCUUCGUAAGGAGCAGCGGAUGUUAAAGCAGAUUUCUGUGGAAUCUGAGAACUGAGGAUUAUGUGUCUGAAGCAGUGCGUAAAGUCCCGGCGAUGAAGGAUUAUUUGGCAGAGUCCUUUGGGCAAAAGAAAACUGGCCAGACUGAAAUCUCUAAGAAGUUAAUGCAUCUCAAAGAUGUCUUUUUUUCUAGGGAUUCAUUGUGCCUAAUAUGCUUGUUAAAUUUACACGUGUGGGUUUUUUCCACACAAGACUUUUCAAAUGUCAGCCGUGUGUGUGUUUGAACGCUUGAUCAGUUGAGUUGCUGUGUUAUCACUGUCGUAAAACAAAUAUUUGAGUUGUAAAUCCAGUCGGAUCUGUUGUGAAUUUCAUGAUUUAUUUUGUGAGAUGAUGCCGUACCUAUGAAAUAUAUUCACCCUCAUGGAUUUUUUCCCUGUUAAGUUUUUACAUUGUAAUAGAUUGGAUGUAAUAAGGCAUUUUUUACACUCAUCGAAAGAAAGAUCUUAAAACCACAGUGUGAAACAAAUCUCCAUAAACUGAUUUGAAUUAAACCGAACAUAAAACACAAAGUAACUGAUUGCAUAAAUAUUCAGCCCUUUCAAAAUAAUAUUUAUCAGAGGGGCAUGUGGCAGCAAUUACUGCCUUUACCCUACGAUACAAAAUCUGGGUAGUUUUAGUCUCAUGUUCUGGGCUGUCUUUUGGGAAAUACAUUUUUCCUUAAGUCACAGUCCACUCACAGACCUCUGCAUUUUCUUCUGUGACUGAUUUGUAUUUCCGUGCAUUUAUUGUAAAUGACAGGCAGUUGGCUGCAGCAGCUAUGUGAUACUUUGACAUUAAAUUAUUUUUUUCUGUUUAUCACUCGUAAAA